UGGGCGCAUCGCGUGGACAAAGUUGGCACGCCAUGACGCCCUGAUGGCCUCCCUAGCGUUGCGCCGGGCGCUCCAAAGGGGCCAAGCGACCUCGGGAUGGCGCGCUGGGCAGGCGCAAUGCCGCUUCGGCUCGAGUAGCAAGGCGGUGGUGGCCGAAGCCUCGCAGGUGCCGCGCGAGCGGAACCGCAACUUCAGCAUCAUCGCCCACGUGGACCACGGCAAGAGCACCCUGUGCGACCGCCUGCUGCAGAGCUGUAACGUGAUCCCCAGCAACGCCCCGGACCAGUUUUUGGACGGCCUCGAGGUGGAGCGCACGCGCGGGAUCACCGUGAAGGCUCAGACCUGCUCCAUGCUGGUCACCUCCGAAACGGACGGCCUGCAGUACCUGCUGAACCUCAUCGACACCCCGGGGCACGUGGACUUCUCCUACGAGGUCUCGAGGUCGCUGCAGGCGUGUCAGGGCGCGGUGCUGCUCUGUGAUGCGGUGCAAGGCAUCCAGGCGCAGACGGUGUCCACGUUCCACCAGGCCUUCGAGGCGGAUCUGGAGGUACUUUGCGCCCUCAGCAAGGUGGACCUCGAGCACGCGCAGAAGGAGGACGUGAAGCGGCAGCUCUCGAUGCUCACGGGCGUGGGCGGCGAGGAGGUGCUGGAGGUCAGCGGCAAGACGGGGCAGGGCGUCCCGGGCCUCGUGGAGGCGAUCAUUCGCAAGGUGCCGCCGCCCCCAGGCUCCCGCGACGCGGCCUUCAAGGCCUUGCUCUUCGAUGCCCACUACGACCGACAGCGCGGCAUGGUGCUCCUCAUCGCGGUGCAGGAUGGCCAGCUGAAGAGGGGCAGCAAGAUCUUUUGCUCCUACAGCCGCCGGCUACACGUGGCCACGGACAUCGGCUUCUUGUACCCGGACCUCUGCUCUACGGAGCACCUCUGCAGCGGGCAGAUCGGCUUUGUGGUGGUGGGGGCCAAGGACAUCCGCAGUUUCCGGGUGGGCGAGACCGUAUGGGCCGAAGGCGGCGAGAAAGCGGGGGUGCCGUUUCCCGGCUUUCGACCUGCCCAUCCGAUGGUCUAUGCCGGGAUCUUUCCAGAGGCCGUGGGGGACGGGGAGAAGCUGGAGGUGGCCAUGCAGCGCCUGCUGCUCACUGACGCUUCCGUCGAGGCCAAGAGAGACAUCUCGCCCGUCCUGGGUGCGGGCUUCAGGUGCGGCUUCCUGGGGCUUUUGCACCUGGACGUCUUCCGCCAGCGUCUGAAGUCCGAGUACGGCGUGGAUGUGCUUGCCACCAACCCCACGGUGCCCUACCGCCUCAUCCUGCCGAACGACCAGGAGGUGGUGGUGGAGCAUGCCGGGGACUUCCCCUCGCCACCGGCGAUGCCGCCGAAGACGGUGCAGGAGCCGCUGGUAAACGCCACCAUUGUGCUACCGCGAGAGCUGACCACCGGGGUGCAGCAGCUCUGCCUCGAGCGCCGGGGCGAGGACGGAGCUCCCUCUCCCCUUGGGGAGAUGUCCAGCUCGAGUUGGCCGGGGUAA